ACGCACGCGCCGACGGUGGUUCCAUGACGUGAAAGGGCGCCACCAAUCUUAGUUUGCAGAGGAGCGCGGUGCACCUAGCAACAAGACAAGUGCAAGAUGGCUGCGUCCAUGAGUCCGGAAGAGGCCGAACAAGUGGCAUUGUUACCGAAACCUCAGGGGCGUCUGAAGCUGGCCCAGUGCCUCCGCUGGGAUCUGAGCGGCUUCAGCGAGGAGGACCACAUGCGGGAGUCCAUCCUGCUGGACUACCUGCAUGACAGCCUCCUGUUUGCUGCUGGUCGCGGCUUCCCCUUGCACCAGGUGUGCGGCGUGCUGAACCUGGCCCGAGAAAUGCAGGAGCAAACCAUUGGCCAGCCGCUCAGCCACGCCAUCCGACUGUACCGGCAGAAGUCUGUGGAGUACGCUAAGCGAGGUCGCAUCUCGGACAAGAACCUGAAGAUCUUUACCAGUCACUUCUUUGCUACAUUCAUGAGGCAUUACAGACUCUAUCAGUUUGUCUUCACGCGGCCCCGCGAUCCCAUGGUCAGCCAGCUGGGGCUGGAGGUCCAACCACCCCCGGAUACUUUUGAGUUGAAGGAAAGCAAACCAGAGCACAUCUGGCAGUACAACCAGAAGUUGGCAGCCAUCGAGAACGAAGAGCGAACCCGGAUGGAAUCCCUGCAAUUAGAGAGAGACGAGCUGCUUAGACAGGAACCCGACACUAACGAGCCUCUGUGUGCAUUGAAUGAAGCUGGGGCACCACUCCAAGAGGAGGUCCUCUCUCGGGCGAUCCGAGAGGCUACCAGCCUCCAAGGCACUUACACCGAGCGCCUGCUCCAGGCCAGAGUGGAAGAGACCCACGAGGAUAUGGACUACUACUUUGAGAAGACCGCACUGCCCCGCCCGGCGGCCCUGGGCCCGCCCCCGCGAAGCAAGUCCCCACCCCGCGCGCCGGCCAGAAGCAAGACGGCAAGCACCAAGAGCGGGGGAACCGGGGGGAAGAACUCCCUCGGCAGCGCGUUGCCCAAAGGAUCAGCCAAGUCAUUGCGAUCCAAGACACCCAAGUCUGUUAAGAGCUAAGGGGCUUACAUUUCAAUCGGUGGGUAGAGAUAAUCGUCGGCAGGCAAGGAAAUUGGUUUGUCUAAUUCAAGAAAUGCCACCAAUAUAUCAAUAAAAAGCCUGAAACACUACUAAAAAACCUGAAACUACCCUUUCAGCAAUGUGUUUUCUGGA